AUGGUUUAUGCCAAUCAGGGAGGCGUCAUGGUCCAGUCAAUCAUCAGUCGUGUGGUCGCACGCGCAGAGCUCCCGCAACAUCCUAUUGCUUCAUUAUGCGCACGGCUUGUACUGUCUGUGACACCUAAACGGCUGAACAAACCAGUCACGUCUCGAGGUCGAAAGUACGGAUAUACUUCGCGUUGUUACGAGCCGAUUAGAUUGCAUGAGGUGCCAAAAGCCCAUGUCAUGCUCAAUGACUCUACGACAAAAAAUGCAUCUUCAGGGCAAACAGAGCGUCGACCGGAUCCAUGUGAGAGGAGCAUUUGCUUUACGGAUUCUCUGAUAACUCUGUACGCUGCCGUUAUGCAGCAGCUGCAUCGGGCAUCAUGUGUCACAGCGUGCUUCCCCACAUCAGCAGCCCUGAUUCGAUCGGAGUUGCUAGCACGCAAAGGCGCUGUACGAGCGCGCAGAGCUGAGCUGCAGUACCUGCGUCCAAGGCUCGCAGUGGGACGCCUCUCGGGUAUCAUGGUCGAGAUGGCUCCUGGCCUCAGCCCCCGCAAACUGGACGGUAGCUCCAAGCCGAACACGGACGCCUUAGGAAUCACAUAUGUCGUCAUUGCCAUAAUUUACACAAUCAUAUUAGCGCUUGAACUCAUCUUGCUAUAUCGGCAUCGCUCGGCUUUCUGCGUAAGAAUUCGAAACGUCAAGAUUGUCUGCGCGGCGGUGUCGACAUUGCAUGUGUAUUUGGUUCUUGUGCUCCUGGUCUAUGCAUGGAACGGUCUCUUCCCAUGCCAGGUUGAAUUCUGGAUCAUGUCCUUGUUCUUACCAUUUGGCAUGGCUCUUUUCCAGGCCUGCAAUGCCAAAGUCUUGACAGCGUAUGAAAGUCAACGGCGGUUGACUCGCAACUUUCUCGAGGGUUCGCGCAAGAAGCACCUCUCAUAUACACCUCGUGGACUCUAUCAGGCGUGGAUGGGGCUUGAUGUAACCCGACAAGUCUACAUUGCUACCCUGGUCGGACUCAUUGUCUCGGUUGUACCAUCUUUCAUCUUAUUUAUCGGGUCCCGUCGAUUUCACAGCGGAUUCGGAUUCUUUGGCCCGGCGCUCGAGUCAGUGAACGUGUACCACGAAUGUCGCAGAGGCGGAGAAUGGACUCCAUCGAUAUUCAUCCAACUAUUCUGGACAGUAUUUGUUGGACCGUGGAUUUUGUGGAAGAUCAGAUCCAUCAAAGAUGUACAUUCCUGGGCGUUGCAGACGAGGAUAGCGAUCGUAGCAGGACUACCUGGUACACCGCUAUGGAUCGCGUUUACAUACUCUAACCUGCCAGUGAUUAAAGACAUCAACAUGCACUUCCCACCUGCCGGCUGGUUCUUGCCGUCUUUGGUCGUUUGCCAGCAGGUUCUAGUUCUUAUUCCACUACGUGACGCCUUGAAGUCGCCACCUCGUCAACGAGAGAUGUCAACGUCAGAAACUGCAUCUCUUACCUCGGCUCAGUCCAUCACAUCCACCAAGUCAUCUACCGUGGUAUAUGCUAAAGAACUAAAGUCCAAAGCAUCAAUGCAAGCUCUGGAAUUUAGCAUCGAGCACAGCAUCGAGCCCCUGAUUGCAUGGGCAGCAGCACGAGAAUUCACAGCUGAAAACACCAUCUUUCUCCGCGAAGUACGAAACUUUAAAAAGAAAUGGUCCACACUGAAAGUUGUUACGACUAGUCAGCGACGGCAGAUGUUCAAUGAAGCAUCGCUGAUCUACUUUACACUCGUCAACCCUUUCACAGCCGAAACCCCAAUCAAUAUUGAGUACAAGAUUUUCAAGACGCUUCAAAAUACCUUUGCAAGCGUCGAGUUUGAUCCAUAUAUGCCACGCGCCCAAUCCCCGGAUAUCAAGUUGCCAGUGGCUAGGGAUAACGUGGUUUGCCCAUGGGAGGAUACACUCAACCGGCCUGCGAGUAUUGAUUCGAACCAUACCUCAUCUUCCACCACGAGUACGAAGACGAUAGUUCCAAGCGAAUUCACUGACGAAGUAUUCGAUGCCGCCUUCGAAAGUAUCAAGUACCUCGUCUUCACAAACACUUGGCCACGGUAUUACGAGCAUGCAGGCAAGAUGCCUACCCCAUAA